AUGAAGCUCUUCCUUCCAUCUCUCCUCCUCAUUGCCCCCGCCUGCCUUGCGCGUGAGAAGGCCGUCGAUGAGGCUACUCAUGCUCAAUAUGCCUCCGGUGAGGUAAUGGCAGAAAUAAUGGCCCAGAAGGAGGCGACCUGGCAGCACUACCGUGACGAGGGCUACUUUAAACCCGGCCGUUACAGGUCCAGUAAUGGUUACUAUCCCUGCGUUGAUGGCUCUGUCACCGUCGGUGACGGUGCGAAUAGCACCUUCCAGUGCCUAAACCUCGAUGUGACGGGGUACCUGACACAUGAGGACCUUGGAUCGACGAAUGCUACAGAGCGGAUUGGUAGUUCGAUCUGGGGGAUCACUCUCGAGGGGCGCGAGUUUGCGAUUAUCGGGCAGGCGGACGGUGCGGCGUUUGCGGAGGUUGUGGGGAAGGGGUGGUGGAACUAUGUCCCGUAUAUUGGGAAGAAGGAGGGGACGCUGGAUUAUAUUGGGAGACUGCCGCAGCAUAGUGUUCCCAUUAUCUGGCGCGAGAUUAAGACCUAUAAGCACUAUGCCAUCAUUGGCUCUGAGGCGGUUGGACAUGGUAUCCAGAUUUUCGAUUUGAGAAAGCUCCUCGAGGUCAGGACUUGGUGGAACCGGCUGUCAACGGCAACAAAGACAUUCGAUAUCGUAAAGGAUGUUACUGGCCACUUUGAUAAACUCCCGGUCGGCCGCUCCCAUAACGUUGUCAUCGCCGAAGCCAGUCAGCACAUCAUCGCCGUCGGCGCCCAACCCCGCAACGACACCUGCAGAUCCGGCCUCAUCUUCAUCGACGUCUCCGACCCCAGCAACCCCACACAAACCGGCUGCGCCGCAUCCGACGGCUACGUCCAUGACGCCCAAUGCCUCAUCUACCGCGGGCCCGACACGCGCUACAACGGCGUCGAGAUCUGCUACGGCUACAACGAGGACUCGCUCACCAUCUACAACAUCACCGAUAAAGCGGACGCCCAGAUCAUCUCGCGCAUCUCGUACGAGGGUGCGUCGUACACGCACCAGGGGUGGGUGCUGGACCCGGAGAACCAGGAGUUCCUGUUGAUGGACGAUGAGCUGGAUGAGCAGAAGAAGGCCGGGGCAGCCGCGGACCAGAGGGCGACGACAUAUAUUUGGAAUAUUGCGAAUCUGGAGAAGCCGAUAUUGACGGGCACGUAUAAGUCGGAUGUGGUGUCGAUCGAUCAUAAUCAAGGUGGCGUUUAUCGACAUUUCCCUGAUGACGAUGCGGCACCGGCAGCGACAUUUAUGGGUACGUGGGGCUCGUACGGGUACUUCGAGUCGGGCCAUAUCAUCAUCAAUACCUAUGACCGGGGCGUGUUUGUCGUCAGGAGAAGUAGAGAAGUUGUUGGCGGGUUCCGGGCGGAGUUUUGA